AUGGAAGGAAUUCCGAUACCAAGAACUGUAGAGGAAGUCUUCAAUGAUUUCAAAGGCCGUCGAGCUGGUCUCAUCAAAGCCCUCACCAUUGAUGUUGAGAAGUUUUAUCAGCAGUGUGAUCCUGAAAAGGAGAAUCUGUGUCUGUAUGGGUUUCCAAAUGAGACAUGGGAAGUCAACCUGCCUGUUGAGGAGGUUCCUCCUGAACUACCUGAGCCAGCAUUAGGAAUAAACUUUGCAAGGGAUGGCAUGCAAGAGAAGGAUUGGUUAUCACUCGUUGCAGUUCACAGUGACUCGUGGCUGCUUUCUGUUGCAUUCUACUUUGGUGCACGCUUUGGAUUUGGCAAGAAUGAAAGGAAGAGGCUUUUCCAGAUGAUUAAUGAUGUACCAACUGUAUUCGAAGUUGUGACGGGGGCUGUUAAGCAGGUCAAGGACCAGGCAGCCUCUCAAAAUAACAGCAGCAAGAGCAAAUCUGGUGGGAGAAUGUCUCGUCCGCCUGAUUCGGAGCACAAGGGAGUUAAGAUUUCUGCACCCAAAGAUGAGGAGGAGAGUGGAGAGGAAGAAGAAGACGACGAACAGGGAGCAAUAUGUGGAGCUUGUGGAGAAAGCUAUGGUGCUGAUGAAUUCUGGAUUUGCUGUGAUGUGUGUGAGAGAUGGUUCCAUGGAAAAUGUGUGAAGAUUACACCUGCUAAAGCUGAACACAUCAAGCAGUACAAGUGCCCCACUUGCAGUAACAAGAGGGCUAGAGUUUAA